AUGGUUUUGUCACCCCUGCCUCCUUUGACUGGAGAGGCUGGUAAGAAGCAGAUUGAGGCCAAUCCAGAUGCCAAGCGGUUAUACGACGAUCUUCUCAGUAACUAUAACAGAUUGAUAAGACCUGUUAUCAACAACACAGAAUCUGUCACCGUGUGGCUGGGACUCAAGCUCACCCAACUCAUCGAAAUGAACUUGAAGAACCAGGUACUCACAACGAAUGUAUGGGUUGAACAGAAAUGGGUGGACUACAAGCUACGGUGGGACCCCGAAGAGUACGGGGGUGUGGAGAUGCUGUACGUACCCUCAGAGCACAUUUGGCUACCCGACAUCGUUCUGUACAAUAAUGCUGACGGAAAUUAUGAGGUGACCUUGAUGACCAAAGCCACUCUUAAGUACACAGGGGAAGUCAUCUGGAAGCCUCCCGCCAUUUACAAGUCGUCUUGUGAGAUCAAUGUACUGUACUUUCCUUUCGACCAACAGAGCUGCAUUAUGCGUUUCGGCUCAUGGACUUACAACGGCUACCAGGUGGAUUUGCGCCACAUGGAGCAGCAGACAGGUUCCAACCUGGUCCCCGUCGGAAUUGAUUUGAGCGAGUUCUACCUGUCAGUGGAAUGGGACAUCCUUGAAGUUCCUGCAAGGAGGAAUGAGGAAUAUGAUCCGUGCUGUCAAGAACCUUACUCAGACAUUACAUUCAAUCUGACAAUGCGGCGUAAGACUCUCUUCUACACGGUGAACCUGAUUAUUCCCUGUGUCGGCAUCACAUUCCUCACUGUCCUCGUCUUUUACCUGCCUUCCGAUUCGGGUGAAAAGGUGACUCUUUGCAGUUCUAUCCUUGUGUCACUCACUGUGUUCUUCCUCUUGUUGGCCGAGAUUAUUCCUCCCACAUCUCUGGCAGUGCCUCUGCUUGGAAAGUACCUUCUGUUCACCAUGAUCCUCGUCACUCUCUCAAUCUGCGUCACUGUAUGUGUGCUCAAUGUCCACUUCAGGUCACCAUCUACCCACAAGAUGUCACCCUGGGUGAAGAAAGUAUUCUUGCACGUGAUGCCGCGGAUUCUGAUGAUGAGACGCCCUCCCUACUCUCUCAGGGACAACUAUGACGAGUCUUUCUAUGAUGGAGGUUACAUAAAUGAUGGUGACUUCAGGGACAGCAUCAGUGAUCCAUAUCCAGGAGAUUCUAAAGGCAGUCCGCACGAACCUCGAGGAUUCGAAUCUGUGGCGAGCGCUUACCGAACUGCGAUCGGCGAUGAGUCGCGACACCAGCCUCAUUCUUCAAUGACAGACUCUGAGAACACGCUGCCUCGUCAGAUGUCACCAGAUGUUCUCUCGGCUCUCCAGGGUGUCAGGUUUAUCGCUCAGCACAUCAAAGAUGCCGACAAGGAUAACGAGAUUGUGGAAGAUUGGAAGUACAUCUCGAUGGUUUUGGACCGCUUCUUCCUGUGGGUGUUUACGCUGGCCUGUAUAGGAGGAACGUGCGGCAUCAUCUUCCAAGCACCCUCCUUGUACGACACUCGCAUCCCCAUAGACCAGCAACUCUCCGAGAUCCCCUUCCGCAAGAAUAAUCUGCACUUGCCCGACGAGUUUUUGCAGAUUCACGUCACUGGCGUUGUCUAAUAGCCAUAUCUGAAAGAUUGCCAGUGGACCAUUAGAGUUCCUCCUGCAGAACUGUUAUAGAACCAUUUAGGAUUGAUGAAGAACAGUGAGCCCCCCAAAAUCACAGUUUCAAGUGAACCUUGAAAACACGUGCAUGAAUUUGUUAUAUUUUCUACAGUUAGGUUCAGGACGAAGAAAUUAGUAAUUCGCUACCUAAUGGAAGAAUAGAAGAGUACACUACUUUGUUACAUAUAAAAUUAUCAGAUAGUAGCUCCAACAGAAUUAAGUAGUUUAGAUUUAAUUUUAGUACAUUAGAUUUUAGUUUUAGAUUAGAGUUCAUAGGGCCAAUAUUCUGAACUUGUAGAGCAAGAGGUUCGGGCUCAAAUUUGAGAGCACAAAAUGUUGUUGAGAAAUUAAACCAGUGCACUUGAGCCACUAAUUAAACCUGACUAAAGCCAAGCUCAGUAACUAAUUAAACAAAAGCACGGGUUAAUACAGAUCCUCGAGUCUUCCAUUGGUUUUAUUUGUCACUCGUUGUUUAUUGUUUGGCAAUCCUAAACAAUAACUCGUAGUUAUAAUAGGUCACCAAGUUUUUAUUUUAUUUAAACAAUUUACAGAAACAAUAAUUAAUUAUAAUUUUGAAAUCAACUUACAUUUGGUUUUUCAAGAGUACUUUUCUAAAGGUACGAAUUAGAGCCUAUAGAUAUUAUGAAAAUCAUAUUCUUAAUUAAUUGUUGAUAUUGAUAUAUAUUUUGAAUGGCUUACUUAAUGUACUAGUAAGAUACUUGUCAACGCCCGUUAUACAACUUAACUAACUGUAUAAAAUUACCGAUAAAGCCUCUUAAUGAUUUAAAGUAAAAUUACUAUGAAUAAAAA